CUUUCCCAAGCAAUGUCUCGUGGUGUCUCGCACAUAGAUAGUUGUUUUGAUAAUCGUUGUUUCGGUUUCUGUGAAGCCACCGGCGUUGUUGCUGUUGUUCUGACCUCGGGAAGCGCCGGUCUUAAGAUUGGCAAUAAUAACAGAGAAUGAGGAAAACACCAACACCAGUAACCUCAUUGCACAGAAAACAUACCAGACAAAGCGAGAAAAUAGAAAAGGAAGAAGAACGACCACACGCUUUCAGUCUUGCCUGGUUUUUGCUUCUUGUUGAUCCAGGCAAGCCUUGUGUUCUGAGUUUUCAUGGUUAGGUCAUAAAAAAAAAAAAAAAGAACAGGCUUCCAGCUUUGUCUGCGGGCGUAAAAAGAGACGCCUUUCCGAUCUUAGUUCUUCAAAAAAAAAAGAAGCCUUUUUAUUUUUCUUUUUUAUUUCUCUCCCGUAGGCCAUAAGAGCAUCUACCCGUUGAUGUUUAAGCCAUGAACGGGGAAACUCGGAUCUUCUGUUCCCUCUUGUGUCUCUCUAUUCUCCUGGUUACUCCAACUAGAUCUAACGGUAAAGAUUUUGCGUUGAGCUGUGGGGCAUCAGAAGCUUCUACUGACCAAGACAAGAAAGAAUGGGAACCAGACACAAAGUUUCUAAAGACAGGAAACUCUAUCCACGCACCAGCUACGUAUCAAGACCCUUCACUUCUCUCUACGGUUCCUUAUAUGACAGCCAGAAUCUUUACAGCUCCAGCAACUUAUGAAAUCCCGGUUAAAGGAGACACAAGGCAUUUGCUUCGGUUACAUUUCUACCCAUCAACAUACACCGGCCUCAACAUUUCCAACUCCUACUUCGCUGUGGCAGCUAACGAUGUUACCCUUUUGAGCAAUUUUAGCGCCGCUAUCACGUGUCAAGCCUUGACACAGGCUUAUCUGGUUAGAGAAUAUUCUCUUGCACCCACCCAAAAAGAUGCUUUGAGCAUUACGUUUACCCCAUCAGAUAAGUACCCAGACACAUUCGCCUUCAUAAACGGUAUCGAGGUGAUUCAGAUGCCGGAACUGUUUGAUACGGCGGUUCUUGUUGGUUUUUCGGACCAGACAGUGGAUGCCAAGACCGCAAAUCUCCAGUCAAUGUUUAGGCUUAAUGUUGGCGGACAGGACAUCCCUGGAAGCCAGGACUCCGGUGGGUUAACAAGAACAUGGUACAACGAUGCGCCUUACAUAUUUAGCGCAGGUCUUGGUGUUACACUUCAAGCAACCAACAAUUUCAAGAUCAAUUACGACAAAAUGCCAGUCUCUACAGCUCCAGCAGAUGUGUACAAAACGGCCAGAACUCAAGGCCCAGACGGGAAUAUCAACAUCAAAUCCAAUCUUACAUGGCUGUUCCAAGUCGAUACAAAUUUCACUUACAUCUUGAGACUCCAUUUCUGCGAAUUCCAGCUCUCCAAGGUCAACCAGAAGGCUUUCAACAUUUACAUCAAUAACAAAACAGCGCAGGCAGAUGCUGUUGCCGCAGAUAUAAUCGCGUGGACAGGAGAGAAAGGAAUCCCAACAUACAAAGACUACGCGAUAUUUGUUGAUGCUAACAACGGAGGUGAGGAGAUUACACUUCAGAUGACACCAUCAACAUGGGCUAAACCGGAGUAUCUUGAUUCACAGCUUAACGGGUUAGAGAUUUUCAAGACGGACGCCAUGAAAAACCUUGCGGGUCCAAACCCGGAGCCAUCGCCUAUGCAAGCUGAGUCAGAGGUCAGAAAAGAAUUCAAGAACGAAAAGAGAACUGCUUUCAUCAUUGGCUCGGCUGGAGGAGUCGCUGCGGUUUUACUCUGUGCGCUGUGUUUUACGGUCUAUCAGAAAAAACGAGGAUACCAAGGAGGCGACUCUCACACAUCAAGUUGGCUUCCUCUAUAUGGAAACUCUACCACAUCAGGAACCAAAUCAACCAUCUCAGGGAAAAGCAACAAUGGGAGCCACCUAACCAAUCUCGCGGCAGGUUUAUGCCGCAGAUUCUCUUUACCCGAAAUCAAACACGGAACUCAGAACUUCGACGAUUCCAACGUUAUUGGAGUUGGAGGGUUUGGUAAAGUCUACAAAGGAGUCAUAGACGGGACAACCAAAGUUGCGAUUAAACGAUCAAACCCAAACUCAGAACAAGGGCUUAACGAAUUCGAGACGGAAAUCGAGCUUCUCUCCAGGUUAAGGCACAAGCACUUGGUGUCUCUGAUCGGAUACUGCGACGACGGAGGCGAAAUGUGUCUCAUUUACGAUUACAUGGCGUUAGGGACACUCCGUGAGCAUCUCUACAACACGAAGAAACCACAGUUAACUUGGAAACGAAGGCUAGAGAUCGCCAUCGGAGCUGCAAGAGGGCUACAUUACCUCCACACAGGAGCAAAAUACACGAUUAUACACAGAGACGUUAAAACGACAAAUAUCUUGGUAGAUGAGAAUUGGGUAGCGAAAGUUUCCGACUUUGGUUUAUCCAAAACCGGACCUAACAUGAACGGAGGUCAUGUAACAACCGUCGUCAAGGGGAGUUUCGGUUAUCUAGAUCCAGAAUACUUCAGAAGACAACAGUUGACUGAGAAAUCAGAUGUUUACUCAUUCGGGGUUGUUCUGUUCGAGAUCUUAUGCGCUAGGCCGGCGUUAAACCCUAGCUUGCCCAAGGAACAAGUGAGCCUCGGAGAUUGGGCGAUGAAUUGCAAACGGAAAGGGACUCUAGAGGAUAUAAUCGAUCCGAAUCUGAAAGGUAAGAUCAAUUCGGAGUGUCUGAAGAAAUUUGCGGACACGGCGGAGAAGUGUCUCUCCGAUAGUGGAUUAGACCGGCCGACGAUGGGAGAUGUCUUGUGGAAUCUCGAGUUCGCACUUCAGCUCCAGGAAACUGCCGAUGGAACUCGUCACCGGACUCCGAUCAACGGAGGAAGCUCAGAGGAUAUCGGCGGAGGAGGUAUGGUGGCGGUUAACUUGGGCGGCAGAGGCGAAGAUCACGACGUCAGUGACCUUUCCUCAGAGGACAACAGUGGAAUUUUCUCUCAGAUUGUAAAUCCUAAAGGACGAUAAGGCAAUUACAAACUUGAAGUGAUGAUAUAUCAUUUAUGAAUAAUCAAUCGAAACAUUUGUAAAGUUAUAUCCCUUUGUGAUUACAUUACAUGUACUCAACAAUCUGUAUUACAAUUCGUAGUUAGAAUUUUCUGAGGCAGUUUUUGUCGGAUGAGACCAAUAUACUAUUUUCUUUUUGAGUUUA